AAAGAUGACGAUUCAAAGUUUUGGGCAACAUACAAGAAAGUUUCGACUGAGUACGACGACGACUUCCUCGAGCGGGCCAAUGACGAUAUGGGCAUUAUUCUGACCUUUGCUGGUCUGUUCUCAGCCGUCAACAUCAUCGGAAUGCAGCCUAAUCCAGGAGACACUACCAAUGCCCUCCUCCUGUAUCUAAUCCAGCUAACUAUUAAUGGCCCGAAUUCCGUACCUGAUAUCAACACUCUUUCGUCGUCUACAGUAUUUCCCUCCUCGACUGUCUGGAUCCAAUCACUUUCCUAUGCUAGCCUCACAUUCAGCGUCUUGGCCGCGUUUGGAGCUGUCUUGGGUAAACAGUGGCUUAACUCGUACAAGGUAUCUCGAGAAGGAGAGGCUCUUGAAGAGCGCGGCAUAGAGAGGCAAAUGAAGCUAGACGGAAUAGAAUAUUUCCACCUGCAGACCCAGUAA